UCAAGUCCUAUGAAAGUUAGUACCAGAGUUGACAUUGUUCAAGUGCAAAUGAGUAGUGUCCUCAUCCCAUACUCCACCCGGUGUCACUGUACUCGCAAUGUUGUCAGCACAUUACACACACUCUUUAUCAAGACCUUCAGUUCGGUUUCAGACCUGACCUUCCUCAGCUGCAGACAUGAAUAACCAAGCAGUUACUUAUGCAGAACUCCAUCACGCUAAGGGCUCAAAAAGACAGCAAGAGAAACCUAGGGGCACUAAAAGUUCCAUUUCAGUACCUGAGGAGGACAUAGCCUAUGCAGAAUUAAAUCUUCAAAGGGCUUCUCAAGAUCCUCAAGGGAACGGCAAGAACUACCACUGCAAAGAGAAGCUCAUUGCUGGGAUCCUGGGAAUCAUCUUCCUGGUCUUGAUGUCCACUGUGGUCACAAUAGUUGUUAUUCCCUCUACUGAAGGACCAGAGCAGAGCAAAACAUCCCUGGAAACAACGGUCCAGAAAGCGUGUCACUGUUGUCAUUGCCUGAAAGAGUGGUUUACGUAUUCCAACAGCUGCUAUUACCUUAGCACUGAGAGAAAAUCCUGGAAUGAGAGUUGGACGUCCUGUGCUUCUAACAACUCUGACCUGCUCUCCUAUGAUGAUGAAAAGGACAUGUUUUUGUUGAAUUUACUCUCUCGGACUACAUGGAUUAGAGUCUCCCAGAGAAGGGAUAAAAGUUCAUCUGGGCAGCCCAAAGGCUUCACAUUUGCUUCCAACCUGUUGUCAUCAUCUUCAGAGAAUGAGAACAAUUGUACAUAUGCUGAUUUUGACAUUAAAAAAAUUUACUUUGUACCCUGCUCAGGAAAAAGACCAUAUAUUUGUAAGCGCCAGGCAUUUUAGGUACCUCCUUUUGGCAUACUGCUACUUCACCAGUUAUAAAGAAUACAUCUCUCGUUACUUUAAAAGUCAUACAAUUAUUUUCUCUGCAUAUUUUUAAGAUAUUGCCUUUAGUGUGAUUUGGGGUUCACAAGAAAAUGAAAGGAAGUUAUCGAGAUUUCUUAUAUUGUCCCUAUCUGCACAUGUGCAUGGCCUCUCCCAUUAUCAACAUCACUCACUAGAACAUUUCAUUAGUUACCAAGGACGAAUUCGCAUCAAUGCAUGUAUAUCUUCCAGAGUCCAAAGUGUCCCUGAAGCUUCACUCUUGGUGCUGUAAAACUGUUCUCAAAUUAAUUAUAUUAGUGCAAAAAAAUACUCGUGUAUUUUAUUUCUUAAGCCUUUGCUAUUUAGUAAAAUAAAUAAUAUAUAUUACACAUCAAAAUAAUAUUGAAAACUUCUCAAAGAGAAUAAUUCCAUUUAUAUUAUCAAGAAAAUUGAUUUGUCAGAGCCCUUAAAGCACUUCACAUGAAGAUUGUUUGAGCCAGAUUGACAAGGGUAUCAGUCAGAAUGGAGUCAGGAGACAGAAAUAAGGGGACGUUUGAGGUAAACGGUUAUUAUCAACAUGUAAGCAAAAGAUUAUUAAGAGGAAAAGCUACAAAGAUCAAGAAAAUCACAGAGAAUAUCUUAGAGUUAAAGGAGGGAUCACUGGGAAGCCAGGACUACUCUCUGAAGACGGGAUUCAGACGUCAUUGAAGACGGUGUGGGGACACAGCCUCAUGGCACACAUGCUCACUGGAUUGUCCUGGGACAGAGCAGCUCCGCUCUCCACAGGCUGAACUUGGGGAGGACGGAUCUCAGGCUGUGACUGGCAGCCAGAAAGAACUCCCUGACAUGCAGGGAGGAGGCAAAACUAGAAGACAGGAAACAAAGAGAUUGGCUACAAGAAUUACUGUAAGAUGAAUACACAGGACUUUCCGCAAGCAUGCAACUGGCAACCAACCCAUGGCAGCCAAAGGAGAAAAAACACCAUGAAGCCAGGAGGAAGAGCCCUUUGUGCCGCACUGCGUCUCCCUUGUCUUUCACUGACAAAAGUCAAUGUCAUGUGAGAUGACAAGGGAGAAAAGUGAUAGGAUUUUGCACUGUUAUCUUAGAACAGGGCACUGAGGGUGAUUUGGAACUGCGAGCACUAAAUUAAUGGCCCUUCAGGGUUUUCAUGGACUACCCCCUGGGCUGCUGUAUAAGAGCCAUUCAGAUCUCCCCACGUCCUCACAGAAUGGAACCAAAGUGAACCCUCUGAAUCUGUUUUCGUGCAGCAUUGUCAAAGAUUACAUUCAUUUCAAGGUAGAGAUUGGUUUCUAAUUGGAUAAUAACCAGUGUCCUUUGAUACUUUCUCUUAUAAGUUGUUUUCCUCACCAGGGUUCAGAUAUUAUGGAAUAUAUUUAGGAUUUUUAAAAAUUUUUUAUGUACUCACUCUGUCAGUCUUUACAAUCAUGCUAAAAAUAAUUUGAGACAAAAAAUAAAAUGUUAAGUAAUGAGGAAACCAAAAAAUAAAAGGGGACAGAUAUUUGUAUUAAUCAAACUAGUUAUCUCCAGAAUUCAAGACAACCUUGAGUAAUUUGAUAAUAAUUCAUAUAUUUCUACCCUAAUUCAAUUAUAAGAGGGAUAGAGAUUAGACUCGAUUAUUACUUGCAAAACAAAUUCUUAUAUCGUAUACACUUUUAACUGUGAGGAUAGACAUAUUCUUUAUAUUUCCUGUACAUAAUCCUUAUGCUCGUCUAGAACAAUUAUAUGAAUAUUCAAAAUAACUGAAUAUAAUUAGUAAUGGCAGCUGUAACUAAUUAUUACCAAUGUGUUUCAUACAACCCAAGAUUGCAUUCACACUGACAAUUAAGCACUUAUUUUUUAUUUCCCUGUUUGUGGUUUGAGUAUGUUAAGGUUAAUAGAGUCUGGACAUGCAUGGACUUGACUCCAGACUACAUACAGGGUCAGCUCAGAUCUUUUCUUCUAAGAAAAGCAGGAUACCAGAUAUAUGAUCUUUUAUAGCAGAGAUAGCAGCUAGCGGAAAUGUGUUUCUUAGUGCCAGGUCUCUGAAUUUAUAAGCUAUCACAUUCCCACUGACAUUACAUUGUGAAAACAAGUUAUUAUGCUCACAUUAUGUUUUGAAAAAAGGUCACAUGGCCAAACUUAUCAUUUGUUGUCUAUAAAGUAUAGACUUUUCAAAGUGGUCAGAUGGAAGAAAUGUAGAUUCACUGAAAAUAACUCAAUCUACCAUUAUAGCCAUAAAAAUAUUUUUUCUAAAUUUCAUGAGACAGGUAAGUUUGUAAUAGAAAAUUAUUUGGAAAUAGAUUAAAAUUUUCCUACUCUCUUAAUUUCCCAUCUGGUGUUUUGUUUUCUGUGCCAAAAAUCCUUGUAAAGCAGUUAUGUAUAGAGACAAAUAUUAGGGUAAUAGAUGCUUUACACCAUGGUCCUUGUUCAAUUUACAAAUAAGAUAUAAACAGAAAGAUAUAAAGUUUAAGGACAUUGGCAGUCAAACUGGUCAUUCAUGUAAUUUCUAAGCACACACUCUUAGCCCUCUGGCUCAGUGACAUUCUUCUCUUGUUUAGAUUCCUCUGCUAGAAAAUAUGGUAGAAAUAGUAUCUUAUUCAUAGUUACUUGAAGAUUUUUGGGACAGUACCUCUUGGCACAUGGGUGGGUAUGCACUAGAUUUCAGUGGUUUUGGCUUAAGAAAUUGAUACUUUUGUGCCAUCACCUGUGACAUGAUCUUAAUUGCAGUAACUUCAUAGGGCUGUUCUGAGGAAUAAGUAAUAAUUAAUAAUUGUAAUGCCAAAAGAUUCUGAAAAUAAAGCCUAACCAUGUGAA